AUGCUCCCCCAUCCCCAUGACCUCUUUCCCAGCCUGGACAACCGAGACGACUGUGUUACUUGCAACAGCACCAGCCCCACUUGUAACUGUGCAUCGGGCGAGAAGUGUGUCCUUACAUCAAGAACGUGCAACCAAUGCCCAUCUAUUCAAUGCAUCAAAUCCGCAUCCAGCAGCUCUGGGUCGAGUGUGAAUGCGGGUGUCAUUGCGGGGCCGGUGGUCGCUGUGCUGGUGAUUGCCAGUCUGGGCUUGUUCUGGUGGCUGAGGCGCAAGAAGAGACGCGACAUGAAGCGUGUCGAAGGCCUCGCCGACCGCGCCCGCAAAGCAGAAUCAGCAGGCUUCCAACUAUCACCCUCCCGCUCGCCUCCUCCUUCUACCCGCCCCAGCUCUUCCUUCCCCCUCCCACCACCCUCUGCCUCACGCCGAUCUCCUCUGCCACCCGCACCUGUUAACGCAGAGUACUAUGACCAGAACGGCUCGACCAUCCGCGUCUACUCCAACAAUGGCACGAUCAACGCCGACCCCAACGGGGAUCCCUUCUCAGACAGGCAGAGCAUCUCCACCAUGGGCAGCGGCGGCACGGCGAAUAUCAUUCCUAUCCAGUACAUCCCGCCCUCCGAGUCGAAGGAUGGCCUGUCGAAAGUGGCGUCAACGGACAAUGGCGAAACGGCUCAAAGCGCUGCGGCGAGACUCGACCAAGCGAGGCAAAAUCUUUCCAAACUCGGUGCUCCUUCCCGUCCAGCCCGAAGUCCCGACCUCGACCUCCGGCUCAACCCGCCCAACGCGCCGUCGGCCUUCGACCCCGGCGCGCUCCGGUCCCCCGGGGCAGGGUCGGCCAACUGGCGCGAUUCGUACUUGUCUGGCAACUCUGCUGCGCCGUCGUACUUUUCAGGGCAGUCGGAUUUCCAGCUGGAUCAGCCAAAGAUUGUCACGAGCAGACAAGUGCAGGUGGGCAGGCUGCAGCAGGCGGAAGUCGUCAACUUUGGGGCGAGGGAAGGUGUGUUGAGCCCAGUGAGGGACGAAGAAGAUCCAUUCGACCGUACCCCCCCAGCCCCCGGCCUCUCCCCUUCCGACGCUUCCUUCCGCUCCACAGGCGAGCGUAUCCUCACACCAACCAACCGCAAAUUUGGUGCCUCUGCCUCCCCGACCACCGCCAACGGCCAAGAAGAACGCCUCGACGCCAUGUCGGGAGGCUCCUCUGGCGACUUGCGGUUCUCGAUGGGCAGCCUGGACUAUCGUAAUAGCGUGAGCACGAUGGGUACGAGUCGGUACCUCGCUUCUGCCAUCACCGUCCCCGUGCUCGGGCACGCCACCCCAGCUACGGCUACGACCCCCAACUCGGCUUUCCCCGAUUCUGCCACCACCCCUCUCCCCACCUCUUCCUCCGCUUCCGCUUCCGCUUCCGCUUCCGCUUCCGCUUCCGCUUCCGCUUCCCCUUUACCGUCUGCCUUGCCUUUGUCGCGGUACAACUCGAGCGGCACGGGGAUGGCCACAGCAGAUACAGAUACAAGAGGGUCGGUACUGUCGAGUAAGAGCUUUGCGGAUUCGUUCCUUGGGGCGUUCCCUAUGAUACCGCCAGACCAACAACGGCCGCCCGUGCCCAGCAUCGUCUCGCGAGGAGCUACUUCUCCCCUUUCUCCAUCAUCGUCACAAGGUCAGGGGCAGGGGCAGGGGCAGGGGCAGGGGCAGGGGCAGGGGCAAGGGAAUGUGGAAAUGAUAUCUCGCCCUCCAAUAGCUCAUCGUCCGCCCCCACCCGGUCCCAGACCACCUUCCUCCGCCCGGGGGUCCGGUAUGGAACGCCCGAGCUUGGACGAUGAACGCGCAGGAGGAGGAGGAGGGGGAGGAGGGGGGAGGAAGAAGAGACCAGAGACGCAAGAUAGUUUUUUGGGAACGUUCCCGUUUGUACCGCCGAAUAUGGAUGAUUUGGCGGGGAUGCCGGAGGCGGCGGCUGGGCCUGGGCCUGGGCCUGGGAGAGGGAGUGGGGUUGGGUCGCCUGUGGGGGGAUCUGGGGCUGGGGAGGGAAAGAAGUGA